UCGGGAUGAUGCAAGAAAGGAGACUGGAGGUGAACGCAGCUGAGAAAGUAAUUCUCUCAGCUGAUGGCACCGAGACGUUCCGCUCUUGCGACCGCACUCCCGAACAUAUCGCAACAGCCGGUGCGCGCUUGCGGCGCCCAGAUGAACAUGUAAAGAGUUGCGCGUCGUCUACCCCGCGCCUCCAAUAUACAAACUCAAAAACUGACCAGAAAUCAUCAGCGUACAAAAUACCACAAGUUCCAAAGAGCAAAAUGGGCAUCAUAAAGACGGUAACAUUACACUGGAAGCAUUCAGAGAAGAAGCCACGAGUUGUGAGGUCUUCCAGCAUUGAUAAUCGACAUUCAUCAGCCGACCGGUUACCACGAAGAUCACUCGAUCCACAAACGGCGGUUUUAUUCCAGGGAGGAAAGGAGUCAGUUUAUGCUGAUUGUAAUACAGCAGAAGGUGAACUGCGGCUUGUGAAGCCAAACCACUGCCGGCGCGUAGUUGUGCUUGGCGCACCUAGAGUCGGUAAAACAGCAAUUCUUCGACGUUUCCUGGCCGAUGGGUUCGAGCAGCAUUAUGUCCCAACAACUGAAGACUUUUACAGCAAAUUGUAUCAUAUUCGAGGAGAAGCAUACCAGAUCGACCUCCUGGAUGCAUCCAAAGAAAGAGACUUUCCCGCAAAGCGAAGGCUGUCGAUAUUAACAGGUGAUAUCUUUCUCCUGGUAUUCAGCGUGGAUGACAGAGAAUCCUUCAACGAGGUACACUCUUUACGCGAUGAGAUUGUAGUCGCCAAGUCCAAGCUAACAAAACCAAAAGAAAACAGAGAGUUUCCCAUUAUAAUAUGUGGAAACAAAGCCGAUUUAGGUUCAGAAAGAACUGUCAGUCGGUCAGAGAUUUGUAAGUGUCUUGGACGAGACAGUACACUCUUUGAGGUAUCCGCCAAGGACACCACCAACCUAGAGGGUCUGUUCGAAGCUCUUGUGGAGCUUGGUGGACUUCCUACAGAAACAUGCCCUUCACUCCAUCGAGACAUUUCCAUCCGAUCAUAUCAAGCUCUGAGAAGCAGGAUUCGAAGCAAAAGGGAGAUCAGGGCGCUCGCUCUGGAUGGACCGUGCGGGGCUGUACACCCGCUCGCGCGUCGCCCGAGUUUCAACAGUGAUCUCCGUCGGGUAAUGGGACCGACGACUCCAAAACGAAGCAGACCAAUCGACAAGUGUCAGAUACAGUAAAGAGUGACAUUUGUGACUCUGUAUGAAACCUAUGAAUAAUACUUAUUCACUAUUGUAAGAAUAAUUUUAUUCUGUAGUCUCUGGCUGGACCAAGAGCACCUAUAAUUAAUAGUAUAGCCUUGCAAGGGUACUUGUAAAAUAAAUUCUUCAAGAUUCUGUAAUUUUGUGUUUGUGUGUGUGCGUUUGACAAUACUACAAAAUAAAGACGUUCUUCCUUUGGUAUAAAUGGUCUUCUCUCUCUUACAUUUAUUUGAGAUGAAUUUGUUAAUUUGUUCAUUCAUUGGUUCUAUUCUUAAGGAAGUGAAAGUCUCGUCCAUUUCUCCGUUUAUGGGAAACAGAAGUAAAGUUGUGGGUGGAUGAAGCUGAGACUGACGGGUAUGAUGCGUUUCUAUCUAAAGCCGGAGUUGUGCUUUAGCGCCGCAGUAGGGACAAUGAAAGCACUCCCACGCCACUGCGUACGCCCAUUUGUAUCGACAGACGAUGUGUGAAUCAAAGACUAUAUCACAGGAUUUGAUGACGAACACACAAUCGCUGAUUCAUCUUCAGCAUAAUGUCGUUAAGAUUAUUUUAACUGAUUUACUGUCGAGUAUUUGAAGUAUAAAGUAGCUCGCCAGAUCAACGGAGUAGCCUUAUCAGAACAACGAUUUAAAAAAACACAGUGUACAUGCAGACGCCCACAUUAGACUCAGGGAAAAAAAAAGUGCGGACGAAAUCAUUAGUGUGAAAAGACUUCUACGUGAGCCGCUUAUUAAGUAGGUUAAUAGCACGAGAAAAUACGAAAAGGAAAGAAAAUCAGCACCAUGGACAGCGGAAAGGAAAACGUUCUACAGCACUUCCAACUCUCUGUUCUAUUAUAAGUUUAACAACGGGCAUAGCAAUUACCUUAAUGUUAUUUCUAUCAGGCACACGGAAUUUAAAAAACAACAGCAUUUUACAUAUGACACGCAUUACCCGUCAAUGUUAACUUCAUAAAGGAACUCCCAAAUAGGCAGCGCCUGAGGCUGUCACAAGGUAACAAGCCGUGCAUUGACUCGUGAAAUCUUGCUCGUUCUUCAGUGCAGAAUCGUGGCUGCUGCAUGUACAUGCACAACAGGUGAGAGGUCAUAGCAGCAGAGCAUCACGUGACCCCAUGCAACAAGACCGCUUCACACUCACAGCCUCACAUAUACGAGGACAUUCAAGUACUCACUUCCUUUCGUGUCUAGAAUCUUACCUUACGUCGGUCACAAUAACCCCCAAUUUACCUCAUUACAUAGACACAAACUCAGUUGUUAAAAAAAACACCAUCAGUGGGAAGUUGUGG